UGAUCCCGUGGAAAUCCCUCUGUGGUCACGUGGUACAGGGGACGUAUGUUACAUUAAAUCGCAGACUGCGGCUCGCAGUAAUUACUUAUUUGUCGCAGAACGUUUCUACGAUCAUUUAAAUCCCGAAAAGGAUUUUCAUUUAUUAGCAGGAAGCUCCUCGAGUAUAGCCGUAUGUGAGUCCUGUGAAAGAUGAUCUCCCCGUGGGAACGACUCCACUCGACGCGCUGUUGCUUCUGCUGUCAUGUCCGAACCGGGAGCAUCAUACUCGGAAUAUGGUAUAUGCUCAUCAAUGCUGUGGUCCUCUUCAUCCUCCUCACAGCACUCAGUGACCCGGACCAGUAUCGCUUGACGAGUGCUGAGCUAGCCAAUGACCUCGAUGUUAUGGACGAUGCCAAUAUGUGCAUUGCUUCAGCAAUCUCCCUUCUCAUGAUAGUGAUCUGUGGCAUGGCAAUCUAUGGGGCUUAUAAGUUACAUGCUGCUUGGAUCAUUCCUUUUUUCUCUUAUCAAGUUUUGGAUUUUGCCCUGAAUGUACUGGUGGCAGUCAGUGUGGUGGUCUACCCCAAUACUAUCAAUGACUACCUUCAACAACUGCCAAGAAACUUCCCCUACAAAGAGGAGAUAAUGUCCAUGAGCAACACAUGUCUGGUCCUCAUUGUCCUACUUUUUAUCACCUGCAUCUUAGCCUUCAAGGCAUAUCUGAUGGUGUGUGUGUGGAGCUGCUACAGGUAUGUGAGUGCCAGGAGCAAUGCAGAAGUCCUGGUGUAUGUCACCAAUAUGAAUGACACCACAGUGCUCUUGCCCCCAUAUGAUGACACAGUGAUACUCCCAGUCAAGCAAGCCCAACCUCCUUUAAUGUUGGCCUGAGUUAAUUUGCUGUCCCUGAUUGCUGUCCAUGAAUCUAUGUACUAAGAUACCGAAUGCACAUUCAAUAAGCUGUAAAAUACUAGGACUGUGGGCAGUUGAAGAAAAGGUCUGAGUUUUGAAGAAGUUUUUGCUUCUAAAUGACCUAUGAUCCCUAUUGCUGACCUCCUAACAUUUCUGUUGAUUCUGAUUUAGGGUAGACCAUGGUAAAUGUAAAUCUCCAGUGUAUUCAAACAUAUUUGGGUAUGUGGGUUUUACUUAUUCAUUUAUUAGUAAUAAAUAAUUCUUCUCAGAGACAAAGAUACAUACAAAACCAGGCUAUCUGAAAAUAAAGGCCGUUUAUAAUUAAAUGGAAAGACCUUUUCCACAGCCCAAUGGUUACCAGCUAACCAUGCAAGACAAUGUUACUGCACAAAUUAAUUUGUAAUUUUUCUAUGUGUGAUAACUGUCCUGUUUCACUCUUAUGGACUCGUCACAUAUUCUGUUGAUCCUUGUUUACCAAGAAUGAAACAAGUUGACUAUGGUGAAUGUAAAAUUAGAUGGCAAGACUCUUUCCACCACCCAACCCAACAGUUACCAGCUAGUUACCAGCUCAAGACAUAUUAAUUGCACAUAUUAAUUUAUUAUUUUGUUACUAUGUCUGAUGGCUGUCCUCUUAUAGACUUGUCACAUUUUCCCACCACACUUCAGCAAGUAUGUUUAAUGGUGAGAAGCUAUCCCAAACAUGGGCACUAUCAGUAGUCUCAGUGGCUUUUUGCUCUUUGUGUUUUGUUGUAACAAGUGCAAUACACUGCUGUUUUGCAUAUAUGUGUGUGUUGUUGUGAUUUAAAUACAUAUUGAUCACUGUAAAUUAUCAGAUUUUUGUAAUAAAUAGGAUGAUCAAUAUUGAAAUAGGAUGUGCCCCUGUUCCUGGGAAUGUCCUUUGCCUAGUGAUGUUAAAAUUUAAUUUCAGAGAUGUUCAAAUACCUAUUUGUGAAAUAAACAGUUGUAACCUUAAA